UUGACCGUCUGCUGCAUUUCAUUUGAUUUAGCAGACUUAGUAUAGCCAGUCUGCUACAGAGAUGUCCCUUCUGUUAGUACAACUGCUGUUGGCCAAAUGCGAUUGAUUGCUAGCAAUUUUACCGAGUAGGAGAGCAGCAUCAAGCAUUUUCAAGCAAUGACAUUUGAAAGAAAGUAAUGAGAAUAUAUCUCUGAUUAUUUCGUCUCUUUUCCCCUUCAUGGUUCGUAUAUUCUUCUAUUUGUGAUUAAAUUUAUCAAAUCUCUUUGCUCCGCUCCCAUUCUUUCUCUUUCUAACGCAUCUUGACUGAUACCUGUAGCGGGUAAUUUUGCUGAAAAUUUCAAGAUUCCUACUUCUCUCCUCACCCUUCUCUCUCUUUUCCUCUCCUUUUUUGUUGAACUUUUCCUAUCAGUUAUUUUAACAGGCUAUUUCUAAGGAAAGGUGAGUCAGAGAAGCAGAAAAUCUUUUGAAGGGAAAUUGUUAUUAAUUGCAAAAAUGUCUGGAGAUUUCUAUUCAGAGAGGCCUCUGUUUGGUGGUGCAAUUUCCAGUACCUUCCCUCUUCGGUUUCAGGAUGUGAGUGACAUUCGGCAAGUUCCUGAUCAUCAGGAGGUAUUCGUGGAUCCUGCACGUGAUGAGAGCUUGAUCUUUGAGCUAUUAGAUCUCAAGCAUGACGUUGGGGAUAAUGGAAGUGCCACCUGGUUUCUUCAAGACCUUGCCACUGAGCAAGAUGCUGAAGGAUGCACGUUGAUUGAGCAGACUGGUGUAAUUGAGGUCCCUGGACUAUGUUACAGAGAUGUCCCUGCUGUUAUUACAACUGCUGUUGGCCAAAUGGCAAUUUCCAAAGGAAGGCAAGGCAGAGAAGCACAAAAUCUUUUGACGGUUUAUUUGGCAAAUUUACGACUUAAAGCAGUUGGUACAGAUGUUUUAAUAGUUGCUCAUGAGCCAAUCUUGAUAAACCCUUUGAGUGAAAGUGCUACAGCAGUUGGCGCUGGUCUAGCUGUGCCUGCGGCACAAUCUGGAUGUAUGGCAAUGGGAGAGGUAUUCAAACUUGCAGUCUCUAGCUUCAAAGUUAAUGACUGGAGUCUUUUCGGUGCUUGAGCUGUGUCGAUAAGAAUUAUGGAUUAUAUAUCACUUUGUGAAGCUCGCACAGACUGCUAUCUUCAUCAUCUUUACCAUAAGCUCAUCUUCCUUUAUCUUCACUUCCUACAUCCAUACGUGCUAAUGUUUUGUAUACAUAUAAAAUUAUUAUGAAUUUAAUUAACAUUAUACAAACAUUGAAAAAGGAAAAGUAAUAGAAUUUAUUCAAAA